CCACUAGAUGGCGGUGUGCCCUCACGGAUUUUUUGCAGCAGUUGCAGAAGAAGAAGCGCAAUGACGUAUUUCCGGGUGCACUCGGUAAUGUUUUCCGCUCUACACUUGCAGUAAGCUGAGAUCCAGGGAGCGUUGUUUAAAGAAAAAGGAUGCUGGCUUGUCUUGGCUGUCCUGGCCUGAGCCGCACCCUCAGCUCAGGGGUGCUGCAUUUGCCCAACACUUUUGUGACUCGCACUCCCUCAAUCUCUGCUUCGAUCAGCCGUGGAAGCCAAGUGGCAUUAGCUCGCUACAAUAGCACAGCCCAGCAGGAGAAAGUCAAGAAAACUAAGUUUGGACCUUUGGCUGACCAGGACAGAAUUUUCACUAAUCUUUACGGCCGACAUGACUGGAGAUUGAAAGGUGCAUUAAGUCGUGGUGACUGGUACAAGACGAAAGAGAUCUUGGAGAAGGGAGUGGACUGGAUCAUCAAUGAGAUCAAAGUGUCUGGUCUGCGUGGUAGAGGAGGAGCCGGCUUUCCCACAGGGAUGAAGUGGAGUUUCAUGAACAAACCCAGCGAUGGCCGGCCUAAGUACCUGGUGGUGAAUGCUGAUGAGGGAGAACCAGGCACCUGUAAAGACAGGGAGAUCAUGCGCCAUGACCCACACAAGCUGGUGGAGGGCUGUCUGGUUGCGGGUCGGGCCAUGGGAGCGCGUGCCGCUUAUAUCUAUAUCCGUGGAGAGUUUUACAACGAGUCGUCCAAUCUUCAGGUUGCCAUUAACGAGGCGUACGGCGCAGGGUUGAUCGGGAAGAACGCCUGCGGCUCGGGCUACGACUUUGACGUGUACGUGAUGCGCGGCGCCGGGGCUUACAUCUGCGGAGAGGAGACGGCUCUGAUCGAGUCCAUCGAGGGGAAACAGGGGAAGCCCCGUCUGAAGCCACCUUUCCCUGCUGAUGUGGGCGUGUUCGGCUGCCCGACAACCGUUGCGAAUGUAGAAACUGUGUCUGUAGCCCCGACCAUCUGCCGACGCGGCGGGUCGUGGUUUGCCAGUUUUGGCAGGGAGAGGAACUCCGGCACGAAGCUCUUCAACAUCUCCGGUCAUGUGAACAACCCCUGCACUGUUGAAGAGGAGAUGUCUAUUCCCAUGAAGGAGCUGAUCGAGAGGCAUGCAGGUGGUGUCCGCGGGGGCUGGGACAACCUCUUGUGUGUGAUUCCCGGUGGCUCGUCCACACCACUCAUUCCCAAACACGUGUGUGAAGAUGUUCCGAUGGACUUUGACGGCCUCAUACAGGCUCAAACCGGCCUGGGUACUGCAGCGCUGAUCGUCAUGGACAAAUCGACGGAUGUAAUCAGAGCUAUCGCGCGGCUGAUCGAAUUCUAUAAGCAUGAAAGCUGUGGCCAGUGCACCCCCUGCAGGGAAGGAGUGGACUGGAUGAAUAAGAUGAUGUGGCGCUUCGUGAAGGGAGACGCGGCUGCAGAGAUUGAUAUGAUCUGGGAGCUCAGUAAACAGAUCGAAGGUCACACCAUCUGUGCUUUGGGCGAUGGAGCUGCAUGGCCCGUACAGGGUUUGAUCCGUCACUUCCGUCCCAUUAUGGAGAGCCGGAUCUCGGAGUUCCAGCAGAAACAACAAGCUCAGGCUUAAAAUCAGCGCCUCCUCUUUCCCUGUUUGCCCUUAUAUACUUUAUUAUUUAAGAAUAAAAGUGCUCUUUAGCUCUGUUGUCUUGACUGUCAUGACCAUCCAGUCUAAAACUAACUAAUAAAGUUCUAAGAGUUAUUAAAACA